UCGGCCACCUGUGCCUCUGCACCCCGUUAGUAACAGACCCAUUGAACAUACAGCAAUUACACUCAUUGCUGCUGCACCCCAAAGCUGUUGCACCUCACAGUCAGCAUUGCACCCUGCCGAUAACGCACCCCACUGCUGCUGCACCCCAUUGCCAUUGCACCCCACUGCUGCUACAUCCCAUUACUGGCGCCCUAUCACUGCCGCACCCCAUGGCUGCUGCACCCCAACAGUUGCACUGAGCGGGAAGGGGGACACUUUAGGUCUCCCCGAGGUGGGACCCCGGGGGUACCCGAAGGGGUGUCGGACGGAGCGGAGAGGUGCGGCAGAAAGCAGCUCCAGGCAGGCUGCGCCACCCCGCCGGCCGCCCCCCGCCCUCUGCCGCCGCCAGCGGGGCGGUGCAUGCCUGCGCGGCGGGACGGCCCCGGCGGCCGCAGGAGCCCUCCCCUCCCCCGCCGGGCCGCGGCCGGCCCCCGGGCCGCACCGCACCGCACCGCCCCGCACCGCCGCGCCUGCAGCGCCGCCGAACAGGAAGGGCCCGAGGGAUGGAGCUCGGCACAGCGAAGCUUUGGAGGCCCUCGGCAAGCAAGCAGCCCACCCAAGGAAGACAGCACAGGAUUGUGGUCUGACCCACACAGUCGGUGGGGCCAUGAAGCUGAACGAGCGGAGCGUGGCCCACUACGCCACCUGCGACUCACCCACUGACCAUGCUGGCUUCCUCCGCAAGCGUGUGGAGCGGCACCACCACCAUACCCACCACCACCACGCCACCUCCUACCAGCGCCGCUGGUUCGUCCUCAAGGGCAACCUCCUCUUCUACUUCGAGGAGCGGGAGAGCCGGGAGCCCAUGGGGCUGGUGGUGCUGGAGGGCUGCACCGUGGAGCUGUGCGAGGCUGCUGAGGAGUUCGCCUUUGCCAUCCGCUUUGACGACGCUGGUGCCAGGGCUUACGUGCUGGUGGCUGAUGGGCAGGCUGCCAUGGAGGCCUGGGUGAAGGCAAUCUCACGGGCCAGCUUUGACUACAUGCGCGUGGUGGUGAGGGAGCUGGAGAAGCAGCUGGAGGAGGCCUGCAAGAGCCUGGCCGCUUGCCGCAACUCACCGCGGAGGUCCUCCUCCUCUGGCAGGAAGAGGCACCUCUCCAACCCCGCCUUGCAGCCCCUCCAGGAGAAGCCCACCAUCCUGGAGAACGGUUACUCCACGUGGGGCAGUGGCGGCAGUGUCCCUGGGGGGACCACCUGCCCCGACCGUGAUGGGGGGCAUGUGAAGCCCCCGCCCCUGCCUCCGCGCCGGCGCUCAGCUGCUGGCAGCACCGCAGUGUCCCCAGCCAUGCCAGAGAGCCCAGUGUCACCAGACACAGCCUGCUUCUCCAAGCUGCACAGCUGGUAUGGGCAGGAGAUCGUGGUGCUGAGACGGGAGUGGCAGGAGAGGCAGAAGAGGGGACACCCAUGACCGAGUCACAAGCCACUGGCCAGCUGAUGCCCAGCAGCCUUUCAUGCAGGAAGAGUGAAGCAAGGGAUGCUGCUUGCUCCCUGCCCUGGUUGGUGGCUGAGUGUUUGGUGCAUGUGUCCUUCAUGGGGCAUGUGGGAUGGACCUGGGUCUUCCCCAAGCCUCACAUUUUAUGUCCAUGAGGCUUUAGUACCAGGGGAGCCACCUUUGAACUUUCCUCCACUGGUGAUAUGAGGUGUGGAGGGGGCCCAAAUCGGGACAUACGCAAUGAACCUCACCCAACAGGCUUGGCCCGUGUCUGUCCUGGCGUUGUGGAUGCUCUGGGAGCUUCAUUGCCUGCCCUUCCUUCACAACUUUGUUUUGGUUUUGUUUCUCAGCGUGGAAGUUUGCACAGGUCAGCAUUUACUAUUGUCUGUGGUCUUGCACCGAAGUCCUACUGCCUUUGCUCUUUCGCCACAGAUAAGGCUGGGCUCUUAUGAAAUGCCACCAAUGGGCCACUGGCCUUGUCUGGUGUCUCUCACCUUGUGCCUCCCUUGCCGCAGGACACUUGUGAGCCACCCUGGCUGUGGCUGGCCCAGCAGUCAGGGCAACAAGGACUGGGCUCUUGCAUUGUCUUUUUUUUUACUUUCAUCUGCACUAACCCUCCUCCCUGCUAAAUCCCUCAGGAUGUGGAUUUCAGGGGUUUGCAUCUGUCUCUUUGGGCACCUGAGCUGAGCAGUGAGGAGACACUGAACCUGCUCUGAAGCAACAGCGAGGAGCAGGAGCGCUCCAGGGCUGAUCUGGACUAUGUCAAGCAGUAGCCAAGCCUGUUAAUGUCUCCACUCAGGCCUUCUCUGUUCCAAAACAGGGAUGCUAGAGCCUGUUUGCCUUGCCAGGGGUGAAUUUCUCAACCUCUGUGCAGACUGUAGCUCCUGCAAAGUGCCAUGUAGGGCUCAGCCAGCUCGUUGGGCAGCUUGCCCGAGAUGGCAUAUAGAGUCGUGCUCUUGCAGAGCCUCUCUCACUGUUGUGGCUCUACCCAGCUCCUGGCAGAGCUGUGCCCUCGGAGGAGCAGCUCUGGAAAAGCAGGGAGGAGGAGGGGGCUGGCCCCAAAGUGGAAGCGUGGGAGUGAGUUACAGGUAGCACUGACUGCGUGUCAGCAAUGUCUGGGCUUGCCCCUCCAGCGUCAAACCCAUAUCACUGCUGUCUGCUGGUGCUUCCCUCUGAUUUCGUGUCAGCAUCACUUGGGCUCUGUAGCACAUCACAUCCUCCCGGUGGGUGAGGAGGGCUGCGAGGAGGUACGCCUGUCGCCUCACCACAGAACUGGACUUGUCCUUCACCUGUAGGUCAGAAACCUUGGCCACAAGGCAGACGGUACAAGCAGGGGGGUGCUGAGUUCAGGGGCUGCAGCACCUUGGAGAUGGGGUUCAUAAAUCUCCCUUAUCCUCGGGGCAAGGGCUGCUUUUCAAAGCAGAAAAAAUAUGUGAAGCAGUCUUGUACUUCCUAUCUGACUGUUAAACCUGUUUUUAUUGUCCUGUUGUAUUAAGGAGCCUUGCUUGGAAAGCAAGAGGCUAUUCCAGGUCAUGACUGGUAGAACCUAUUUGCUUUUCUGGAGUUAAACACGCUCAUCUUAAUAUUUCGCAAUAGCCAGUAGAGAUUGCCAAUGCAGAAAUCAAAUGACUUCCAUUAACUUUUGGUGCCUUUGAAAAUAUACCUCUGGUAGUUUUGGAUUAUGAGCUUCCAGCCUCCUGCCUAAUUAUGGCUCAGUGGUAUAUUAGAGGAAAUCAGAUCUCAGAUCAGAUAUUACAAAUGUGACUUUGGGCACUGGGAGUGUAACCUUCACAUACAAGUGAUGCAAUCCAGUUCUUUCUGGUUUGCAUCUGUAUUUCUUCGCAGUAGGGAUGUUCAGGUUCAGGAGGAUUAUUUUUGUUCUGCUUUUUAAGUGAAAUCAGUUUGGAAAGACCAGUAGCAGGUGGCCACGGGCCAGUGCCCAGGCUCUGCCAGCAGCCCAGCUGGCUGGACUUAGGGGCCAGCUCUGCCUGCUUCCCUGCUGCUCAGAUGGUUCAGUGCUGCAGCAUUCUUGGCUGGGAACCUGUCCCUGUCCCCAUGGCAGGGCAGCAGCAUCAGGGGAUGGCACUACCUGGUACCUCCUCACUCUGAGCGUGGGUAUUUUGGGGCCAGGGUCAGAUUUGGUAAGCAUUUUUCUCUUUGUCAUUGUCUACACAGAGAGAAGAUUAUUCCUGAUGUCUCACACUUACAUAAGGCAGCUUGACUGUAAAGAUUUAACUUCCAAACUAAAUCAAAAUGUCAUGGCAGUUCCUACAUGAGACCCAAGAAUCACAAGUGACUUGAAAGAGAAAAUAAAUUAACAAAGCCAGUUCUGUCAGAACUGGAACAGUAUUAUUCAUUUGAGGGCAGUUUCACUUUUAAGAAGCUUAGUUUGCUUUAACAAGCUGGGAUUGUGCUAGUAACACUACUAAAGAGCUUAUAUUUAAUGCUUUAAUCUGUCCCAUUCAAAUGGCACAAUUUCCACGCUACCUGUCUUUGCAUUAGUACAUAUCUCAACUAAAUCCUGCAAAUGAGGCGCUGCGCUCUGCUUUCUGUCUGAUCACAUUUGGAGUAAUUCUGUGUUUUAUUCUGCAGCACUGAGAAGAAAAUGACUGAAUCCUAAGCAGUAUUUGUGCUCGGCCCAGCUAUCCGUGCCUGGGCCUUUAGUAGGUCUCCAAAGCGCUGUGCGACUUCGGAUGCACUUGGUCAGGGUUCCCUCAUCAUCCCGCCCACAUAGCAGGGAUGGCCCUUUUGUGAGUAAAAAAAGCCAUAAUUGGAGCCAUGCCCAAAUUUGCGUGGGAGUACAGGGUUUUUUAAUGACCACUGCUGCUUGCUUCGUUAGGCAGGAAGCACCUGGGUGCUCCACCACCAAAGCAGAGGCCAUCGAACCAGCUCAGCUGUGGAUCAGUGGUGCUGGCAGUGCCUUUGAAGCAGCCCGCAGGCAGAAGGUUGGGAUUUCAGCUUCCUGAGGUUGCCCACGCAGCGUCCUCUCCUGUCUGCAGGCAGGGAUUGGUACAGGAAAAGCAGAGUUUUUGUUGUCCCCUACAGCAAAAUGAGACUGACUGCCACACACUGUUUUUUCUCCGAUCAUUCAGGUUUGGACUGUUUCACCUCCCACCUUCACUUUUCCUUCUUAUUUUUUAAAAAUAGAAAAUGAGUGGGCAGCACAAAACAGGUUCCCUAAGAAUUCACUAAAGCCGAAUGGCUACUUUUCUUGAAGUACUUAAAUCCCUUUCUAAGAGCUUUAUUUGGCAUAACAAUGCCAAAGCAAUGAGAGAAAAAUGCUAGAAUCUGAAUUCUUGAAUUUAAAAGAAAUUGAAGACUAAAAGGAGGGAGAUUCUGACAUGGGCUUUGUAAGCUGAGCAAAAAAAAAUAAUUCCAAUCCUGCUAAAAUAGUUGAUGAAAUCCUUCUGUUUUUCCGAGGCUUUGAUUUCAGAUUCAGGCCCAUAAUGUAAUGUGUUAUUGCUGCACAUUUAACUUCUUAUAAAACGGUGGUGAUGGCUGCCACUGAACCCAGGUCCUAGUAGUCAGAGUAACCUCAGGAUUUUACCCACUUGGUGAACAUCCACCACCAAGAUCAGACAUUUUGCAUUAUAAGAGCUACUGCAUUAAUAGUUCGGGGGUGGGUGACCUCCCCGUCUUACCCCUCUGAGCGGCCUUUGCAGAGACAUUUAAAUAACUCCUACAGAAACGCACAGGGCACGGGUGCAGUUCCCGUGUCGGUGGCACCUUGUGCAGCACCGAGCGUGCUGCAUGAUCUGCACAGUUACACUACGAGCCACCUGCAGAAACAUUCCUGCCUUUUGAAGUGCUUAUGUUUUGGGUAGAUGACCUGUUCUUAUUUUAAGGGGUGGUUUUGCAUGCGCCUUUUGUUUUACGGGCGGAACUUGUAUUAUGCAUUUAAAAGACAUUGUUACCGUUUGUAUUUCCUGCCGUGAAGCCCAAUAAACCGCUGUGAUUUGUAA